AUGGUUUUAAAAAAAAAUUUAGAAAAAUACCUAAAUGACUUAGAAAUGAGAAUUAAGGAGUUAGAGCAAAAUAACGAAGCGUUACGUUCACAAUUUAAUAAUUUAGAAGAAAAGGUUAAAGAGCGAGAA